AUGGUUCCGCUAUCACUGUUGUCAGAAGUCCCUGCUCUUCGGUUCUUCGUCGUUGUAGUUCUUACGACAUGCGCCUACAUUUUCCACAAACAGUCUGCCUCAAAGCCAGUCAGGAACUUCCCUCAUGAAACUGCCGUCUACGACGUUCCUGCCGAGAGUCCGGUCUUCGAGGCACAAGAAGCAUCACACCCAUCUGAGCCACCAGAUACUUCUGUCUCGGCCAACUACUUCCCACCUCGAGAAUUCAAUUACAAAUGUGGCUUCUGUUUCCACACUGAGACCAGCUCAUUUAUACAUUAUAACGGACGACAAGGCUCGUAA